UAGGUGUGAUGUAUUUGCGCGGAAUCGGUACAGAAAAAAACUUGGAACUUGCCUACAAGUAUCUGACACAUGCAGCUGACUCCAAUACCUUUGCUAAGGGUCAUUUAACUGCUUAUUACUUCCGAAGAAAAUUGUUCCAUAAAGCUGCAACCAUCGGAAAUGAAUUGGAUGCUGAGAAAGAUAUUGAAAGUUUGGCAAAGCAAGAGAAUUGUACAAUAAAGGAUAUAAAGAAAGGAAUAGCCAUGGGAUGUUAUUACUUAGCACUUUGCUUGGAGCACUCAGAAAAUAUAGGAGACAUUGAAUAUGCAAAAGAGUUAAUUACAAAAGCUAUAAAAUUAUCACCAGAGGUUGCCUACGAUAUCCAUGCAAAAGCUAUUUUAGGAAUCGCUUAG